AUGAUUCUUCCGGAAUGCGAUGACGAUGACGUGGGCGGUAGUGCGGGUGCCGAGAACGAUGCGGCGGACAACGAGCAACGGAAACGAAACGGCACGAAACCAGCAAAACUCUAUUCGGGUUAUUGUCUUAGGCCAUACCCUCCGGCAAGAGGAGGAGGCAAUUACGCAGUGGACUAUACGAAAAAAGCGAACGUUAAAUUACGAAAAGGAGGUUCGUUCGUUCGUUGA